CAAGUUAAGGUCUUCGUAGUCAAAACCAUAAUUAUCAUCCUUCUUACACCGGGUAGUCUUUUUCUUAGUUUGAAUAACGAUUCGCUAAUAACCAUCAUCACCAUGGAGUUCACAAGCCCAUACGAUGAUUAUCAGAGAGCUUUAGAUUAUGACUUCCACACCGAGCUCGCUCCCGGUGUCUGGACGCUCUGCAAGAAACUUGACAGGACGACACUUUUGGCUCAUGAUAUCACUGAUAUGUUGGCUACGACGGACUUGGACUCGGACUCGGAAUCAGACUCAGGCUCAGGUUCAGGUUCAGGCUCAGACUCAGGCUCAGACUCAGGCUCGAAAAGUCCUGCAAAGAAAGGGUUAGGUUUCCUAUUAAGCUCGGAUGGGGCCAACUUGCUCCAAGAAGUCAAGGCUAUCAUAAACCACGAGAACCUAAUAUGCCUGCGGGACUGGUUCUCUAUUGCAAUGCUGAAGCCCAAAUCGAGAGACUACCAAAAACGAACCUUUAUCGUCUGGGAUAAUUGCGACGCCGGAACCUUGGAAAACCUUUUGGUCGAAGAAUAUGACAAGUACAAACCAGACCAGGAGACCGAUGACAGUACAUCGUCUCCCGACACCGAAGAUGAAACAUCCGACACCGAUACCAAAAUGACCGAUGUCGAUGUCUAUGUCAAUAAAACGGAUAAACCAAAGAAGUUCUUACCGGAAUCCCUAUGCUGGCAUGUGCUUACUUCAGUCUUGAAGGCCCUGGCGUGGUUACAUGACGGUAGUCCAGAAGUCGUCCGUAUAGGUCCCAAUAAAUACGGUAUGGAUCCCACUCCGGACUGGAAUCCUGCUCUACACCGGGAUAUCACUCCAGCCAACAUACAAUUCCAACAGCCUAGACGCAAAGAGACGUACGGGCAGUGCAAGCUAGGCAACUAUGGCAGUUUAUACUUAUCGAAUCAUCAUAACGGAGACGGCAAGUCCAGAGUCGAACGGGUCAGGGGCAAGGCCUUGGUUCCGCGAAAGGGGGAUGUUAGCACAUUAUUAGAUGACCUCAUCCAGCAAGAUGAUCGAUAUGGUUAUACUUAUAAGGAACAGCCGGACCAGCCUUACACUAUAAUCAGUGAGUGGAGGGCGUUUGGCGAGAUCAUGCAGGCGAUGAUGAUACCUCCCUCGGGAACAAAAACAAACGUAAACGAUCACAUCCAAAAUGUAACCAAGCACGGAGUAAGGUAUAACCUCGAAGGCGCGGAUUACUCGGUUGGGUUGAAGAACGUGAUAAUCAGGAUGAUGACGCUCAACCCAGACGAGAAGUCAGAGGAUGGCAAAUACCUUUACCCAAACCGAGAUACCCUAACCUCGCACCUAUGCGUAGAAGCCUUCGAGAGGCACAGACGGUGGAGAGUUUCCACCGACGAGGGCCGAGAGCUAAUCACCGUCGAGUCUCAACAAGCCCAGCAAACUGCCGAAGACACAAAAGCGAAGGCCGAGAUAUGGGACGCAACCGUGGAAAUGAACCGGAUUGUGGAUAAACUGCAAAUGGAAAAGGGGCCCUGGCGUUUCGACGAUCAUGAGGAUGAUGAAUUGGAUGGUCUCGAAGAUUCGGGCUUUACCUUCCAGGACUUGGCGAAUGACGAUGACGAGAGGCCGUAUCGUCUUAGCGAAAUUCCGCCCGAUGACAAUUGGGACUUUGAUCCGUAGACUUAUGGAUGGAUAGCUUUUAACGUCACUGAAGCCUGGAGGGUUGGUAGAUCACUAUGAGGGACGCUGGUUGGAGGAUGGACUGAGUCAAAUUUCGCGAAGGGGCACAUUAUAACUUAAUUCACUCAUAAGA